UUGACGAUUAAUUGUUCCACCAAUUGAAAUAAUUCAGAAUGCAUGAUUUCUUCCUAUAAUAUUUCUCAAUUGCAUCUUUCUUUCUCUAAUCUUUUACAUUGAAAGGAUUAUUCCAAGCUUUGUAAUAUCUAGAAAAAAGUCUUUUCCUACAACAUAAUCUCCUACUUCUCUCCAUUGUUACUUUCUCUUAUCCCAAAACAAUAACAAUGGCUAGAAAGAUCGCGAUCUUUGUGGUGUUGUGCAUGGUUGCACUAGCUGCAAACCGCGCAUAUGCCCUAACCUGCACUGAUGUUUAUACUUAUUUGGAUGAUUGCGAACCUUACCUUACAAAUCCAGACCAUGAGCAUGAAGGUGAUCUGCCGAAGUGUUGUGACGGCGUUAGACAAUUAGAGGUCACUGUCACCACCACAAUAGAUCGUCAGACUGCAUGUACUUGCCUGAAAUCUGCUGGUGAUACUUUUAUAGGAAUUGAUUGGUUCAAAGCUGCUCUACUCCCUAGCUUAUGUGGUGUCACUCUUCCUUACACUAUUAGUGCUGACUUCGACUGCACCAAGGUCAUAUAAGGAUGAUGAACUAUCAAUCGAAUUUACAACCGCACAAUUUGGUAGUAUGCAAUAAUGAGAAGAAUAAGAUGAGAUUAUAGUCUUAAAUCUGACUAAUGGAUCCCUUUUGUAUUUUUUACAAGUUGUUGUCUUUCUUUUUUCUUGUUUUUCCUUUUUUCUUUUUUGUGUGUGUCGCUUUUUGAGUCUUUGACAAAUCUUGUCCCAUUCUGUGUAAUAAUUAAGCGGUUGUAUUACAAUUUCAACUUAAUAAAACUAAGUCAUCUAUCAGUA